UAGUGUAGCCUGUCUGUAAACACGCCGCGCGCGUCAAACGCUGCCAGUAUGAAAGCAAAACGCGCGUGUUCUGCUUCCGCUCACCGUACGCACUGCUCCUGCGCUGCUUACGCUCUGCUAACGCGUGCAGUGUGAAACCGGCGUAAAUGCUCUAAUCUGUUAACAUGGGCGCCGAAAAGAAUACGCGCUGCUUACGCGCUGCUAACGCGUGCAGUGUGAAACCGGCGUCAGAGUCCACCAGAUCGAAUCCACACACCGAGCGCUCGUCACAGAGAACCUGACUGUUCAUCCAGCAAGGCAAAUAAAUUAAGGUUUGUGUACACUACAUGUCAUUUCUAAUAUAUAACGCAUACAUUUUAACAACUAUAAGCUGGGUUGGUCGGAAGCGAAAGAGGAUGAGGCAAAGAUGACACGGAUAUAUAUAGAUGCAAUGACCGUGAAGUGUUUAUUUAUAGAAUUUGCGGGAAACGGUCUAGUGUCCGGAAUACAGUGAGUCUACGUUUCCUAUUAAAGUUAUAUUUUUAUAUUGUCGAGGCUAGUUGGUUGGUUUGUCUAAUAACGCAGCUAACGUUAGCCAUUUGGCCGUUAUCAUGGAAGCACUGGCUAUAAUUGAGCGCGCUCUUUUUUCCCUGAAGCAUUUAAUGUGAAAUGCAAAGGCAUAACACAGUGUUAGACUGAUUAAAGUAUGUAAAAACAGUGAGAUAACCUGAUAUGUCUGACUAAAUGCAUUUAUGUGCAUUUAUUUAAGUAAUGUGGUGACCCACAAUAGAUAAGAAUUUUUUUUAUAUAAAAUGACGGCCUGGCUAACUUAGCUAUAUUAUUUUAACUGGCUAUGAAUGAGCGCGCUUUUUUCCCCCCGAAGUUUUUAAUGUGAAAUGCGAAGGCAUAACACAGUGUUAGACUGAUUAAAGUAUGUAAAAACAGUGAGAUAACCUGAUAAGUCUGACUAAAUGCAUUUAUGUGCAUUUAUUUAAGUAACUUAAUGUGGUGACCCAAAUUUUUAUAUAAAAUGGCGGCCUGGCAAAGGACAAGGGCCAGUUGAGAAUUAUGUAAUAAAAAGUUUGGGACUGCUGUAGGUGUACAGCAACCACUGCUGUAGACUGUUAUACUGACAGUCGUGCCCUGAAGGUUAUGCUGUGAGCAGCCACAAACAUUCUUGUGCAGCAUAGACAAUAUACAUGUAUGCAAUUUGUCAUAUGAAUUGUAUAGGGAGAGAGGGAGGAUUGUUUUCUCUAUAUUUUGUGAUGCUAAAUAAAAUGGCUGUUAUCUUCACAUUGGAUUACAUUCUGCUGCUAGUAUGCAUUUGCAUGGUGACAUCUGAAUAGUUAAUACAAUAGCAAUUGUAUAUUUGCUUAACCUCUUUUUGUGUUCGUUUCAGAUCAAUGGACAGCUUUGUCACUGACACGUUGACAGAGUGGCAGCUGACAGACCUUGUUGAAAGAUUUCAAGAGGAGGGGAUUGAUGAGGAGAGUUUUCUUCUUUUAGAUGAGGCUACCAUCAACCAGUUGAUCCCAAGAGCUGGCCCUAGGCUGAAGUUCAAUCAGCAGGCCGUGAAGCACGGCACCGACACCACCACAAACGCCAGAUGAUGGCGCCCUUGCAAGGGCUCUUAUACCAGAAUGUACCAUAUCAGACGAACGUGCAUCACAGCUUAAAGAAUGGUUGAGAAACAAUUCUCAGCCCCUCAGCCAGAUAGAGUCCUACAUGGAGAACACGGCAGUCUACAGGGCCAAGUGGAUUAGGGACAACAAUUGGACCAUCGUUCAGAUCCUCGAAGAGUUCCCUCGCCUAAUGACCAAAGGCAUGAUUGCACAGGACUUUCUUGUCCUGCAUGGGGAUGCUGCUUCAAAAUUGUUUGAAACGUGGCUACCCAUUUAUACUGACAAGAUCCUGUUCCUGGCAAGACAGGAGGGGAAGCUGACAUUGCCCCUGGAUGGAUUAACACCAGAUGGCGUUGGGGAUCUCGCCCUUAGGCAGCUGCCAGCCUUGCUUCCACCUACAACAUACAAAGCUGGCCGUGGUGCGAAAGUGGUUCGCCACACCAUCCAGGAAUGCAGCUUGGCCUUCAUCGACCAUAAGCCUCCUGGAAUAAACAUGGUGGAGUACCUCCAUGAGGCCAAGGCAUGCAAGCCAUACCCCCACAUCCUGACGCUGGGAAAUGAGCAGAGUGCAUUUCAGGCCUUUGCCAUAAUAGCUGGACAGGCCCUGGAACAAGAAACACUGCUUCAGGCCAUUGAUGUCUGCUUUAAGGCAUUCUAUGUCUUUGACGUAAAAUACCCGAAGCAGUGUGAACAUGUCUGGGAAUUCAUACAGACUGUUAUAUAUGACAUGCCAGGAGGGGAAUCUAAAAUGGUCAAGUUUAUUCACAGUAGAAUAGUUGCUUGCAAGUAGAGCUAAUGGCUCCCGUUGACUGUUAAAUGUUCAGCCAGUUCAUUCAUAAUUUAAUGUUUUCCUACUUAAGUGAUAUUAACUGCACCAGUU